GAAAGACAGUGACAUUUUACACAAGUACUUUUCAUAUGGACCGUCCCCUUAACCAACCAAAACAACUCAUCAAGUUGAUAUUUUGCUUUGUUCCAACUUGAGCUAAAAAUCAUAUCAAAAUUUUGAUCUAAAACCUUUCUCCACCACUCAUUCAACACAUGAAUAAACCAUUUUUUUAUUUAUUGGUGACAAAAAAUUAUAUACUAUUCAUAUUCACGCAAGAAGGUUAACAUAUUCAACCACUUGCUACAAUCCUCUCCCUUAUAUAAGGAUCUGGUUUAUUUAUUUUAUUUAUAAACUAAAGUUUUUUUCAUUUGUUUUCUACUGCUACAAAUAUCUUUUCUGUCCAACUCUCAUCAUCUGAUCUUGCUCUAAGGCUCAUCAUUAUCAAGGACUCUCCAUAAUCUUCAAAGGGAUCAAGUGAGAACCACAUAAAAGUGAUCUAUCCUCAAACAUCAUCAAUCACUCAGAAAACAUGUUGCUAAGAAGCUCAUCAACACCAGUUCUUGGUUCUCUCCUCUCUUCAAGUUCCUUCACAGAUAGUCCUAUUCAUCAUAAUCAUAGUCUUCAUCCUGAAUCAUGUCAUGCACUUAAGCAUUUACCACUCCAACAUCAUCAUCAUAGUAACAAGAUCUCAUGCAGUUCUUCUCCAAUCUCACCUUCAAUUUCUGAUCUUGAAAGGCAAAAGAAAGGGUUGGUUAGAAGAGUACAAUCUGAAGGGAACUUGGAAGACUUGGCCUUUGCUACUUGCAACAACAAUGAAGAUAGAUUCAAUUAUAUGGACUCUUCUUCUAAGAGGUAUUCAGUGAGACAAAGAUGCUUGGCACUUGAGACCAUUCCAUCUUUCACUCUUUCUAAGCAUACAGGUUUGCGGGAAGAAGAGGAAGAUGAAGAUGAGGAAAGUGAUAUUGAAGAUGAAGGUUAUGAGUUCAGUGUGAUGAACAGUAGAAGUGGUGUGAUGCAGACUGAAGAAGUGAGGGUGAAUGAUAAAGUUAGCAGGGUGAGUUUUGGUAAUAAAGAGAUGUAUCUUGCAAAAGGGCUUGGUGUUGAUGUGAGUGGUGAUGGCAUAGAUGGUGGUUGCAGAGGAGGCAAUGGAGGUGGUGAUUAUAAUUCCAUGGGAUCUGGAGGGAAUGAUGGAGAUAGUAAUCAUGGGGUGGAAGAAUAUUACAAGAAAAUGGUGCAGCAAAAUCCAGGGAACUCAUUGUUUCUGAGGAAUUAUGCUCAGUUUUUGUAUCAGAGCAAAAAAGACCGCGGAGGAGCUGAGGAGUAUUAUUCCAGAGCCAUACUAGCAGAUCCAAAUGAUGGAGAAGUUCUAUCACAGUAUGGAAAACUAGUUUGGGAACUACAUCAUGAUGAAGAAAGAGCCACUAGCUAUUUUGAAAGAGCAGUACAAGCUUCUCCUGAUGACAGCCAUGUACAAGCAGCAUAUGCAAGUUUCCUUUGGGGCACAGAGGAAGAUGAAGAUGCAAGUUCCAAUGACCCAAAAUGUUUACCUCAACAUUUCCAUUUUGGAGCUAUGGCUACUACAGGUUCAUAGAAGAGAAAUAAUGUACUGAUGAGAUAAAAAUGUUGAAAACAUUUUCUGAUGCACAUAAGGGCCUCUGAGAUGUAUUGGAAUUCUAGUAGUUGAGAAACAAGCAGGUUUUAGUAACUGAAAUCACAAGCUGAUUUCUAUCGUAGUAUCGUCAUUCAAAUAUAAAAUUAUUUGGAAGUGCUACCAGUUUGUAACCAUUUAAGUAGUCAAUAAACUGAUUUGUAAAUUUGUUCUUA